UGCUAUUUGUCGCCAUGAACACUUCGACCACAAGCGCCAUCGGAUUGUUAAUAUUCAUCCCACUGAUCCUGAUGCAGCAGGACCCUCAAACGGCAAACUGGUCGGCUCAAAUCGCCCUGGAGCUUCAGGAGCAGCCGGACAAGUUGGCCUAUUGCCGUUCCCUUCAGCAACAGAAUCUGCGCAUCCCGCUCCAAAUCACUGAAUGCGCCCCCAUUCUGAGUAACCAGCUUGCCGUGACAGGUGAAAUGCUACUCGAGAUUCAAAAGCGCUGCUGGGCCGGAUGGGGACUCCUGGCAGGACGAUGCCGCAAGUUGGCCUAGGCUUUAAGGUGCUCAAGAGGUGGUGAUUCGAUAUCCCAAACCUUGAAACUGACUGAAAUAAAGAACACAAUGGCAGGCGGCAUAUGUAUAUAGUAUAUCCCAGAUUUUUGAGUUGAUCUCGGGUUGCCAGUGCCAUAAAACUCAAGCAUCCAUCAUAUGUUCGUGUUAACCCUAAUCAAGGAAUGGUUCGUUAUGUUAUGUAUACGUCAUGUUGGCUCGUCACAACGCCUCAGGCAAAUGACAACAAUGGUCGCCGGAUGAAGCUGAAGGAACGUUGUCGGCCAUUUUUGUUUAUCAACCUUCCGUAUGGAAAAAGUGUCCGAAGGAGUCAAUCAACUUCCGCUUUGCCAUUGCCCUUUUUUUGUUGCAAGUCCAUGUUGUUAGUCCAUGGACUCCUUCCUUUGCUGGUUGCCAUCGCCACUAAAACGCCAAAACACCGAGUGUCAAUCGGCAAAACCGGCAACGGCAUGUUGGCGCCCCUUUAGACAGCGAAUUAUGAGUGGUUUCGUUGAACGCCGAGUA